GGUCCAAUGUCCUACCAGCGAAGUUGAAAGACUGCAACGACCUGGAAGGCCGAGGUAAACACGAAAUAUCAAGCUCGGAACCAUGGUGAACUUUGCUAACAUUGUGAGGGAGCACUGGACGAAUAUUCUCGUACCCAUUGGCUUUGUGAUUGGGAUCUACUUGGACAGGUGGAAUGACCAGAAGCUUACAGCUUUCAGGAACAAGAGUGCGCUAUACAGCAGGGAGCUGAAGCCUGGCGAAGUCAGCUGGAAGUAAUGUUUCCCUACAGAGAAAAAUGAAUAUUUAUAAAUCUUCUUCCCUCUGAUUUUCACCAUUCUUUGUCAAUGUGGUGUGUGUGAACAAAAGAUGCUGUAUCAAUCAAUCAGUCAAAUAAAUGUCACGUUUAGGC